AUGAGCUCAAAGAAACUCCCCCAAUUCGUCCUCUUCGGCGACUCCCUCACCGAAUGGAGCUUCGAAGAGGAAACACAAGGCUUCGGCUGGUACCUGAAAAGCUGGUACGAGGGCAAAGUCGAGAUCAUCAACGAGGGUGACUACACAUCCCAGAACAUCAAACGCGAAUUCCAGGCAAUGAUUGAGAAAACGACCGAUCCGGAUACCCCGUCUGUGCUCCUCGUCACCAUCUUCCUCGGCGCGAAUGAUGCCUGCCUCAUCGGGGACGGGGAAUAUGUCGCACUGCCCAAAUUCGAAGCGAACAUUCGCGAAUUCGUGGAGACGAUUCUGAUCCAGGACAAUUUGCCUGAUACGAAGAUUGUAUUGAUCACUCCGCCGCCUAUCAACAUCCCAGACCCGGUUCUGGAAGAUGGGGAAGUUGACGACAUGGAUCUUGGACCUACGAUGAUGGCGGCUAUGGAAGCAGCGAGAGGCGAUCCGAAGGCGGAGAGGGGAUAUAGGACGUAUUUGAGCAAGAAGAGGUAUGCUGAGAAGAUCAUGCAGAUUGCCAAUGAGUAUGAGGAGACUGGGAGAGUGGCGGGGUUGGAUUAUUGGAGGAAGUUGGUGGAUGCGGGGUUGGAGGAUCAAGGGAGAGGGGCGGAGGAUAGGUAUGAUGAGGAGAGGUUACCUGGAUGUGGGCUGAAGACGGCGAAGCAGUUUAGGAAGGGGUAUUUCACGGAUGGGCUGCAUUUGGAUGCACUGGCUUACCAAGUUCUCUCUAAAGCUCUGCUGGAAUUGAUGUUGACGAGAUGGCCCGACCUAGCGCCCGACCGGCUCUCAGCAUGA